AUGGAAAAAGAAAAGGAGAAUGACUUGGAAGAAGAAAGAAAAAAACUGGAAGAAUGGGAAAAACUGCAAAAAUGGUCGAAAGAAUAUACGGACGCGUAUUGGAAGAAAGAAAAGGAAGAAACGGGAAAAGGACUGGAAGAAUUUGAGAAAGAAUUUCUGAAAGAGGAACCGGAAGAAGAACAUACGAACGAGAAGUUACCGACGUCCGAAGGUGGGUUGGAGGGAAUGGAAAGGGGUAGAGAGACUAUCAACACCAACGCACCGCUUGGUAGUGCUGGGGCCGAUAGGAUUAAUGCCACGUCGGCAUCCGAUCAGCCUGGGACCGAGGAUAGCAGUGCCGGGGUCGACAGGACUAAUGCCCCGUCGGCAUCCGAUCAGCCUGAGACCGAGGAUAGCAAAGUCGCAUCGACGUCUAGCCAGCCUAAAACCGACGAGAUGAAAGCAUCCGGUUCGAGAGGUGUCCUCACCCACGUCAACUCCAGUGGUAAAGCUCACAUGGUGUCGGUCAGCGGAAAGCAGGUGACGAAGCGAGUAGCUAUCUCGGUGGCGAAAGUACGUUUCAGUAACCCGGACCCUGUUGAAGCGAUAGCGCAAGACACGUUAAGGAAAGGGGAUGUACUGGCCACAGCACGCACGGCAGGCAUCAUGGCCAGCAAGAAAUGCAGCGAGCUGAUCCCGCUGUGCCACCCCAUCAUGCUCACCAACGUCACGGUUGACUGCGAACUCUUCCAGGGCUCGAAGCAAUUCCCUCACGGAGGCGUCGCCAUCAGGGCGUUGGCCGAAACGCUCGGUACCACAGGCGUCGAGAUGGAGGCCUUGACGUCGGCGCAGGUGGCAGCCAUGACGGUCUACGAUAUGUGCAAGGCCGUCGACAAGCACAUGGAGCUUACGUCCGGACGCGUCGUCCUCAAGACUGGCGGCAAGAGCGGGGAUUGGUGCGAGCUUGAGUGGUUAUGCGAGCAUGCAGGCGUCGUCGGUGGUAUAGGCUCGGCCAAGAGUUUUGUGACGGCGCAGGACGCGCUGAAAGCGCUUGGGUUUCACCGUGAAGUGGUGCGGACGUUGCUCAAGCCAUUCAUGGCGCACACGAUUGUGACGCCCGAGCGGAGAAACAGAGGCGCGCUUACCAUGCAGGAUAUUUAUCAACAAGCUGGCGAGGGCAACGACGCCUCAUACUUGAUCAACCAUUUCCUCGGGAACCACCCAGGGGGACAGAAGAAGAAGGAGAAAACGAUUAGAGGAUUGCCAGUACCUUUGACACCUCCGGCCACAAUCACCGAACCAAAAGCGCAAUCGAAAGCAUUCUUGGACCAACUCCGCGAGUUAGAUUUUAGGAUGGCCAAAGAAAUCGUGAGGGAGGGGACGAAGGAAUACAGACGCCAGCAGGUGGAGCAUAAGAAGCGGCUGGCGCUGUUCAGGAGGAAACGUCCGCCAAGCGAGCCUGAACAGUUUGAGCUCUGGAAGCAGACGGAUAAGAAUUUCAAGCUCAGGGGUUUGUACUUUCAUGACUUGGCGCUGUUUUGGUUGAAGGUCAAUAAAGGUUUCAAAGCCGAGCAUCCAAUGGAUGCCGAGUGGCCAAUGGAUGCCGAGUGGCCAAUGGAUGCCAGGCGGCCAAGGGAUGCCAGGCGGCCAAGGGAUGUCGAGCGGCCAAGGGAUGCCGGGCGGCCAAGGGAUGCCUUCGGGUAUCUGGACUAG